AAUGGGUUAGGUGGGGCGGGGCGACGGUGGUGGCGGCGGCGGCAGCGGGUUCGGUUGCGCGUGGCGCACGGGGUGGGAGCGGAGCUCAGGCCGGGAGCAGGCGCCGCCGCCAACGACCAUGGGGAACGUGUUGGCCGCCAGCUCGCCGCCCGCAGGGCCGCCACCGCCGCCUGCGCCGGCCCUCGUGGGGCUGCCGCCACCUCCGCCCUCGCCGCCGGGUUUCACGCUGCCGCCGCUGGGAGGCAGCCUGGGCGCCGGCACCAGUACGAGUCGAGGUUCGGAACGGACCCCCGGGGCUGCAACCGCCAGCGCCUCAGGGGCCGCCGAGGAUGGGGCCUGCGGCUGCCUGCCCAACCCGGGAACGUUCGAGGAGUGCCACCGGAAGUGCAAGGAGCUGUUUCCCAUUCAGAUGGAGGGUGUCAAGCUCACAGUCAACAAAGGGUUGAGUAACCAUUUCCAGGUGAACCACACAGUAGCCCUCAGCACAAUCGGGGAGUCCAACUACCACUUCGGGGUCACGUAUGUGGGGACAAAGCAGCUGAGUCCCACAGAGGCGUUCCCUGUACUGGUGGGUGACAUGGACAACAGUGGCAGUCUCAACGCUCAGGUCAUUCACCAGCUGGGCCCCGGUCUCAGGUCCAAGAUGGCCAUCCAGACCCAGCAGUCGAAGUUUGUGAACUGGCAGGUGGACGGCGAGUAUCGGGGCUCUGACUUCACAGUAGCCGUCACCCUGGGGAACCCAGACGUCCUCGUGGGUUCAGGCUCAUCUCAGGGGGUGCCGCCUAACACUCAGCCCCUCCGAGAACUCCACCCAGCCAUGCCUGCAGGAAUCCUCGUAGCCCACUACCUCCAGAGCAUCACGCCUUGCCUGGCCCUGGGCGGAGAGCUGGUCUACCACCGGCGGCCUGGAGAGGAGGGCACUGUCAUGUCUCUAGCUGGGAAAUACACACUGAACAACUGGUUGGCAACGGUAACGUUGGGCCAGGCGGGCAUGCACGCAACAUACUACCACAAAGCCAGUGACCAGCUGCAGGUGGGUGUGGAGUUUGAGGCCAGCACAAGAAUGCAGGACACCAGCGUCUCCUUCGGGUACCAGCUGGACCUGCCUAAGGCCAACCUCCUCUUCAAAGGCUCUGUGGAUAGCAACUGGAUCGUGGGUGCCACGCUGGAGAAGAAGCUCCCGCCCCUGCCCCUGACACUGGCCCUUGGGGCCUUCCUGAAUCACCGCAAGAACAAGUUCCAGUGUGGCUUUGGCCUCACCAUCGGCUGAGCC